AUGAAGGAUUAUGAAAUUGUAUUCACCGUUUUUAGUUCAAUAAUUUUUGCAUUCCUUCUUUUCAGGUUAUGCAAAUUUUGUUGUGUUUUUUGCUGUGCAUUAUGUAAUGUCCCAGAUAAUGUUUACGGAAGAAAAAGACCAAGAGGUUCAAUAGUUGUAGAAGAAAAUGAAGAUGAUGGAAAUGGAGAGAAGGAAGGUUUAUUAAACGUUUAA